AUGGAGCAAGAACUGUACACGAAAGGUACCUUACCAGGCUUGUCACACUACAGCAGGAGGAUAGAAUGGUUUGAACUGUAUGCUAUGAGGAGGCAGCCUCCUAGUUUACACACAAAAAAAAAGGGAAUUUUUUUUUUCUUUCUCUCUGAGGUAGUUGGGAGGGAUGACAAAGGACAGAAUACUCCCAAUUUAACACUAAAUGAGUGUCCCUGGCUUCCCACAGCCCCACCCCCACCCCCACGGGAGAACAUGCUUCCUUCUAGCCAUACUGAUUCAUACUUACUCUUUCACUAUGAUAGGCUGAAAGCGGUCAGCUGACACUCUCGGCCAACCAUGUCCACCCAUUGCUGCUCAGGCUAAUACUUCCUCAUUAGCUCAAGCAGCUCAGAGGGGAUGAGAUGCUGAGAAUGUGCAUAGCAUCGGAAACGCAGAAUGGAAGGAUCCAAGGUACUCCAGACACCCUAACCACUUAAGUGAGAUGAAGCGGUUACAAUGCCUACAGUGUCUUUUGAAGCCAAAGCUGCUUUGGUGCUUAGUGUCCCUUUUUGAGAAGGAAAAGACAAAUCUUGCACAGCUUAACACACUGUAAGCCAUCCUACACAUUGCACCUAUCCGGCAUGUUCCGAUGUUGGGUUUUGCAAUCAGAUGUGCAGACAUCGGACAUGCAAAGAACAACCAAACGUGUUGUCUAGUGAAGAGUGCGUCUGUGAAAAUUAGUUAUGUCGAUAUCUAUGUCCUCAAUUAAUACUGAGUUUAAUCUAUGUUGGUUCCAGUGCUGACUCGGUGGUGUUGAUGCUGCUGCUACUUGUUUGACAAAGAAUAUGAUAGUGCGUUUAUAAAUGUUCAGUAACUUUUAGAGCAGGUGUUAAUGGUUUUGUUUUUUGUUUUUGUUUGUUUUUCUUCCCACUGAAUGUGUGAAGGACAAAAUUAAUUACUCCGCUAACUGAUUGUGAUUGAGAGUUAUAAAUUUGAGUGUUCUAUGGACUUGAUUGAUGUUAAAUUAUUAACCAGUAACAUUUAUACUAAUUAUCCAUUUCUUUUCUUCUCUUUCAUAAGGCUGCAAAAUCAAAGCAUUGAGGGCCAAAACCAACACCUAUAUCAAAACACCAGUGCGGGGAGAAGAGCCUGUGUUUAUGGUGACUGGACGCCGAGAAGACGUGGCCAUGGCAAGACGUGAGAUUAUUUCUGCUGCAGAACAUUUCUCCAUGAUUCGAGCUUCCCGCAACAAAGCAGGCACGGCUUUUGGUAGUGCUCCUGCCCUUCCAGGCCAAGUCACUAUUCGUGUUAGAGUCCCAUACAGAGUAGUGGGCUUGGUGGUGGGACCGAAAGGUGCCACAAUUAAGAGGAUUCAGCAGCAGACAAAUACUUAUAUUAUCACUCCAAGCCGGGAUAGAGAUCCGGUAUUUGAAAUUACGGGUGCCCCUGGGAAUGUGGAAAGGGCACGGGAAGAGAUAGAGACCCACAUUGCCGUGCGCACAGGCAAAAUUCUGGAGUACAACAAUGAGAAUGACUUUCUAUCCAGCAGUCCUGAUUCUGGAAUGGAGAGUCGGUAUCCGGAGAGUUGGAGGGUGCAUGGAACAGCGGCUGGCUGCAAGCCUCUAUCCACAUUUCGGCAGAACAGUUUAGGGUGCAUUGGAGAUUGUCCUCCAGAGCCUGUGUACGAGACCCCACGACUGAAUGAUCAAAAUGAAUUCAACUAUGGCUAUCUGUUUCCAAACUACAAGCAAGAAGUCUACUAUGGAGUGGCUGAGUCUGGGGGACCCAUGUGGGGAGGACAGGAAAAUAACAGUCCAGCACCUGGCAUUUUCACAAAGCAACAGCGUUCUGGGAGCAGUGGCACUAUACAGACCAACUCUACACAACGUUCACCAGAUUCCAGUCUUACGACCCUGCCAAGGAGGAGCCAAGGAGAAGCACUGCCAGGUUUCACCAAACUAAGUGCCACUAGAACCUCCAUUUCUGGAAGUCGGGAGUGCAUGGUUUGUUUUGAGAGUGAAGUUACCGCUGCACUGGUGCCAUGUGGGCACAACCUCUUCUGCAUGGAAUGUGCCGUGCGCAUCUGUGAAAGGAAUGAACCAGAGUGCCCUGUGUGCCAUGCAUCUGCCACUCAGGCUAUCCGAAUAUUUUCUUAAAACAGAUUCAAGGAAGAGGGUAGGUGUGGGAGGGUACUGGGUGUUGAACUGUUGGUGCAUAGAGGUCAAAGACAGUAUCUUAACUCAUCAAAGGCGAUUCAUCAAAACAAGGACGAAUUAACGACUUUCUCUGAAAUUUCACAGGGACAGAACUUUCUCCGCAAGGCCUGGGUAUCAAGGACUUUAAGUGCAUGGUUGUUUACUUAUUAUGAUGGGGAUUCCACUAAACCUGUCCUGUUGUACCAUUCAUUCAACGGUUAACUUUGGGACAGUGAAACCCCCACGAUCUGGGAACAAGUGUCUCAAUAUCAAGUUUAUGUUUUAAGGUACAGCAACAUUUUCCAGGAUUGGGUUUUACACAAGUUUCUUUUUCUCAAGAGGACAAAAAUGUACGGGGAAAUAUAAAUGGCAGAUAUAUGUUAAGUAAAAUGAGAUUCAAAGCAGAACACAAAGUUACAAGCAUUUUUGAUGGUUAUUAGCUGCAUCCUGCUGACCCAGUGUAACUUUCUUGUUUUUCGUCUUUUGUUUUUUCUGUAGUAGAUUUUUCAACUACAGUCUACAGAGUCUUAACAGAGGGAGUUGAAAAAUACAGAAUUCUUUUACAGACUGAAUAUUUGUCUCCUCCAUUAUCUGAGGUUCCCGUGAAAGAGAAUUCAAAGCUGAGGUCAGUUUUAUCAAGUUCCGGUCUGUCAUUUACAUGCACAACAGGAGAUGCACCUCUCGAAUAACAAUUUUUUUUAUAAAAUGAAGGGUAUUGUUGAAAGGCUACAUCAAGGACGUUAAGACUGCAGCAUUCGCUGAUUGUGUGGGAUGUACUCAGGGGUACACUUUUUCAGGUCUUAAAUCUGGUUUUGGCAUGAGCAGGCCCAUUCAUCUUGCCCUCUGAAAAGCUUCUACUAACUAUCUGGUUACUUACAAAUAGGAUUCUGUUAUCAUCAACAGCAAAAAACAAACAAACUGUAUUUAUCAAUCUCUGGGAACCUGCAACACGAGGACACAACUAUUACCUCAAAUUCCGUAAAAAAUGCAGCUAAAUAUACCACGUGCAGUUUUUAUUCUCAUUUGCUGUAAUUUUUUUGGUAUGUGAAUUUUCAGUCAGAUUAAUUUUUUUCAACCACAGCAAAACAAACUAACAAAAAGAACAACACAACAGUCAGGCCUGCACGGAGG